AUGGCAAUCACCAACCUCGACCCAUCAGAACUCAUUCCCAUGGACAGGACAUACCUCUCCCGGCUAAGUCUCCGAAAACAACUACUAGCCAAGCACCCGGAUAUAGUUCGUGCUGUGAACAUCCAACAUCACGACCCGCAGAAGAAUGAUGAGAUCCGGGACGCUAUAUACGAGUGGUACGCUUUCGUUAUGGGAACUCACCUACCGACUCGGUACCCAACGAUGUUUCGCCUCCUGCAUCCAUCGAAAGACAGUGAUGACAACAAGGGAACACAGAUCGAGUCGCUUGUCACGGGAUUGAAAGUCCCCGUUGACCCUGGAGAGCUGUUGCGGUUGUUCUCUCAAUCCGAGGACGAUGCUAUAGCAGAAUCUGGGGCCUUUUGGGCGGAACCCGACAGUCAAACGAAGUAUAGAAGGAGCAAAGAUGGCCUCCUCCAUCUCCUCGAUACCCUUGGGUCUUGGGUAGACGAGGACUUUAUUAUCCUUCUCCCAUCUCCACCCUCAUCCCCAGACCAAGACCAAGAGCCAAAAUACCACCUGCACGCCUACGCAACAUACUUCCCCUCAGGCUUUGACACGCGCACGAAACUUUCAAAGCCGCUAUCUGAAAUUCAUGCUCCAGUCCCGGGGUACAAGCAGAAACUGGAGAAGUCAAUGGACAGGUUCUUCGACAAGCUGGAGGUUGGCAGGGCCGUUUUGCGCGUGAAUUGGAGCAUCAUGACUAAGGGAACUGGGCUGUUUGCUGCGUUUGGUGGCUUGCAUGAUCAUUCCUCGCCUUCUGAUACCGCUUCUGCAGACACCAAAGCUGGUGAGGGAGAAGGUAGAGGCGAUGGAGAGGAGAUUAAAGUUGAGGGAUUUGAUGGGGACGAAACAUAUGUUCGUUGCGAGAGACAGACACUGCACCGGUUACCGAAGACGAAAGCGUUAGUUUUUGCCUUCCAUACCUAUUUGUAUCCGAUCCAGGAUAUUAAGGAUGAGGGGCUGGGUGAGGAUUUGGCGAUUGCUAUUGAUGGCUUGAAGGAGGGAAGUGUACCAGGGAUAUAUCCGUAUAAGAGGGGGCCGUACUGGGGAGAGGCAGUGAAGGCGUUUUUGAGAGCUUAG